AUGGGUAGUAUCAUCGUUCUCAACACCAUUGAACUCGGUCCCCUGGACCAGAUCGCCCCGCGGAUUUACGUACGAUCGAUCUUUGUCUUCGACCAGAAUGAGAAGCACACUGAGGAGACAGUUGCCCAUCUCAAGGUUCGCUUCGGGAUUGCUCUUGCCCGCUGGCCCUUCUUGUCAGGCCACAUUGGGCCAGCUAGCAAUAGUCGUCGACCCAAUGAACUGGAGCUCACCUACGAUCGGCUAUAUCCCCAGAUCAACAUGGAUCAGCGACCAGAAAUCUUUGCAUAUAGCUCAGUUGAGCAACUUGGAGGUCUCGAUUACCCAAGUCUCAAGAAGCGUGGAAUGCCUCCUUCGUUCAUGGACAAGGAUAUUCUGUCCCUCUCUCCAAACCACCCGAAGCCGGGGGAAUCCUACCCUCCUGUUACAUUAAAGAUCACAGAAGUUUCUGGAGGCGGUCUCUUCGUCUGCUUCUCUACACAUCACGCCAUCUUUGACGGCGGCUUUAUCAAGGCGUUCCUUGAGUAUUUUGGCCAGGGCAAUGAUGAAUAUCCUGAGUUCGCCUUUCUUGACGAGGCGACUCAACGACCGCUCAUGUCCCCUUACACCACCACCACCGAUAUCUCAAAGGCCACGUUCCCAGAGUACGACUUCAGCCCAAACGACACCGUCACCAGCACCAAGCCCAUCUCAGAGAAGCCCCCCAAAGCAGUCUGUGUACUCUUCAGCAUCCCGAAUAAGACACUCUCUAAUCUCCACAGCGAAGCCCUCACCCAUGUACGUGGGAGGCACGGCGACAAAGCCUUUGUCUCAAAGGCAGACACCCUCUCCGCCAUGAUCUGGGUCCACGUCACCAGAUCCCGCUUCGCCCACCUCUCCCAGCAGGACCACACCUCCUUCACCACCGCCGCAGAUGCCCGCUCCCGUCUAUCUCCUCCCUUCUCCCCCGGGGCAUGGGGCAACGUAUACACACAGACCACCAGCGGCCAGGUAACGGUAGAGGACCUUAUCCAGAUCUCGACCUCUGGCACCCUCCCCUGCGACGCCGUGCCUGCUAUCCUCGACGCCUCCUGGCGUGUUCGCCAGGCCGUCAGCAAGGCGAGCACGCCGGGCUACGUCCCCGCUCGGAUCGCCCUCGCCUCGUCCCUUCCUGACCCCACGAUGGAAGGCAAGGCCUUUACGAAGGCGCUCCAGGCUGGCCAUGCUGGUCUUGGCUGCAGCGUCUGGACGCAUAUGGGUGCUGAUGUGGACUUUGGCAUCCCGGGCACGGGGGGCAAGGCUGACUACGUGCGUAAGACGUGGUCUGCGAACGACGGUAGCAUGAAUAUCAUGCAGCGUCGUGGGAUUACCAAGGGUGAUGCCCCUUGGGAGGUUCUGCUUGCGCUCAGAGAGGACGAUAUGGAGAGGAUCUGUGGGCCGAAUGAGCUUGGUCGCUGGGCGUCUACUUGGUGCGCAUAA